AUGCGACGCAUAUUACGCAAAGUACUUAUCACUUGGCUCCUACGUCCCCUGUUUCACUUCUUCAUAGAUUCCAUCUAUUGUCGCUUUUGCAGGUUGGUGAGCAUAUAUAGAAAUCCACCGCUGCAAGAAAGAAAGUUGUAUACCUACAAACCAUUGGAAUCCUCAAGUCAUAUCCGGGUGUUUGAACUUUCCUCCACUGGAGAGCCCUCGCCGGAUUUGAAAUGCAGGAUCCAUCAUACCACCGUAACGGACGACAAAUAUGCCUAUAUCGGAAUAUCUUAUGCAUGGGGAGAUCCUACCUUACCGAAGGUGCCAAUCGAGUGUGACUCUUUGCAGGCCUUAAUUCCACCAAGUCUACACUCAGGGCUAAAAAGAUUACGGAAUGCUGCUCCUGACGUUCAAUACUUAUGGGCCGACGCUGUUUCCAUUGACCAGAAUAAGGAAAACCAAACUGAGAAAUCGUUGCAGGUUCGGAUGAUGGAUCAGAUCUUUGCGAGCGCCCAAGAAGUCAUUGUCGACCUCGGCCCUAUCGACGCAGAUCAACACGCCAUCCUGCAAGGCCUUGAUAGAUAUCAAGCAAUUCCCGAGGACCGAUGGUCUCUGUGCAUAGGCAACUCCAGUGUAGCAGAAUCACUUAAAAUGCUACAAAAGGAGAACGUUCCCGGAUUCGCGGCGGACUUCUGGCCCGGCUGUGCAAAGUUUAUGCAGCGACCUUGGUUUACUCGAGUCUGGAUUAUUCAGGAGUUCGCACUGGCGAAGAGUGUCAGAGUUAUGAUUGGAGAAGAGUUCAGGGAUGGCAAGUUUCUUGAAGAUGGCCUCAUGCGUGCUGCAUACCAUCUACAGUGGCUUUACAUCUACAGUCGCCACUACCCCAGCAACAGCAGCUGGCUUUCGGACUUGUGGGCACCUCUAUGGGACAUCACAUCCAUCUUAGACGCUUUGAGGCAAAUACUGAUCCUGCGAUCACGGAAUCGUGAUCUGAACAAGUUUUGCAAUCUAAUCAGCGUGUCGAGCGUUCUAUUCAAGGCUACAGAUCCUCGAGACAAAGCAUACGCGCUCUUAGGAAUGGCCUCAGAUCAUCAGAUCAAGGACAAUUUUCCAGUCGACUAUAACGAAUCGGAAGCAGCUCUGAUGCUUCGUGCCAGCCGAUAUCUGAUCCGUCAGGAAUUCGGUGUAUUCCCACUUUACCAUUGCGUAGGGGACAAGCCAGGCUUUUCAUCCUGGGCUCUGAACUUGACGGAUACGUCUCAAGACUCACUGUCCCUAUUGAUUGUAUCCACAGGAAAUACCUCGUCACCAGGCCUAUAUGACGCUUCUGGCACUCGCGGCUUCAGUACGUCCUUCUCCCAGCUCAGGGAUGGUGGCCUUUUCGUUCGGAAUUGCGCGUUUCUUGACACUGUCGAUCAAGCUAUGGCAAGCUCACUGCCUACUUUGACAGGCUUAAGUGUUAUCAACUCGCCGGCGGCACAGGCUCCAUGGCUCGAUGAAGCCUAUGACUGGAUGCAGUCAAUGGACAUAUUGUUAACCAUGGAAGGUCUUUGUGGCCAGGACUUUUACGAACAAGGCUGGCGGGCACUGAUUGCAGACCUCGGCGCUCUCCAAGGCAAAGACGACCAAGGGCUCAGCCGCUUCAGUGUUUGGACUAGUGCCGAUCGCUGUAUUAAAGUCUGGGCCCAUCUACACAAGGAAGCCUUGAGUCAGAAACGGCAGGUCUCUAACCAAGCAUCACCACCAGAGCUCCCUGGAGAGGUCUUGAGCAAAGAUGACGUGAGUCUUGUUCAUGUCUACGGCGAGAGUUUGAGAUAUGCAUUCGGGCGACGCUUAGGAUUAACCAAGAAGAAGAGGUUGCUCUGCUUGAUACCCUCAGAGGCAAAAAUCGGUGAUCACAUUGUCAUUAUCCGUGGUUGCUGUAUCCCAUUUGUACUCCGAGAAUACGUCGAUGGGAAGGGGCACUACUUUAGAAUUGUCGGCUGUGUCUAUGUGCAUAACAUGAUGGACGGGCAGAUCCUACUGGGAAAAGAGUGGGACUGGAGUAAUGUUGAAAUUUGCUGA